AUGAUCGGACUGCUUGCGUUGGUGGCGCUGCUAUCUUUGUCUGUGAUAUGUCUAUGGAAAAAGGCUUAUAAUCGACAUGAGAAUUUUCCACCAGGACCGCCAAGUCUGCCAAUCUACGGAGCCUAUUGGAUUAUUGUCGCGAAAGCCUUCAACAACCUUGCACUGGCCACAAUACGAUUAGCUAAAGAGUACAAUACGAAAUUGGUGGGGCUAUAUUUAGGGCCUAUUCCUCUGGUUCUGGUCAAUGACUCUACGUUGAUCAAGGAAGUACUCAAUAGGGAAGAGUUUGAUGGACGAUUGGAUACAGUCAUCUCUAGAGCAAGAGGAUUCUGGAAGAUAUUAGGUAUAUUCUUCACUGAUGGUUUCUUCUGGCAUACACAGAGAAGAUUCUCACUCCGUUACAUGCGUGAUUGGGGCUUCGGACGCCGAUGUAAUGCUCUCGAAGAGACAAUUACUCAUGACACCAAGGAGAUGAUAGACAUGGUACAGAAUGGAACUACGACUGAUGAAGAAAAGAAAAUCGUCAACGGAAAUCUCAUAUACCUACCUCACUUCUUCGACGUUCCCUUCGUGAAUGGAUUGGUACAAGUAUUUGUGCAAAAGACUUUUGCUCGUAAAGAAUAUUCGCAGCUUUGGAGGUUGGGAAAGUCUGCUUUAAAGUUCCAGAGAAGCACAAAUGAUCUGGGUGGGGCGCUGGUUAUUACGCCCUGGAUAAAAAACUUAUUUCCAAACAUCAGUGGCUAUAAUGAUUUGACUAACGGAACAAAAGGCAUAUCCGACUUUUACGAAGAGCUUAUAAAAGACGCUAUAGACACAUAUGAAGACACCCACGAACGCCACUUUUUUGAUGCGUAUAUAAAGAAAAUGAAACAGGAAACUGAGGAAAAUCAGCGUACUACAUACUCAGCUGAGCAACUGCAAUUAAUUUGCACAGACUACACAUUCCCUACUGCGAGUGCGACAGAAAUGACGCUCACGAUUCUGCUGGAGAGAAUACUACUUCAACCGGAACUACAAGAUAAGAUUCACGAAGAACUAGACCGUGUGGUGGGGAGAGACCGAAUGCCUACUUUGGAUGAUAGACAGAAUUUGCCGUUCACAGAGGCUUGCAUUCGUGAGAUGUUAAGAUUCGAGACACUUGUGCCUUUGGGCGUGCCUCAUCGCGCGAUGAAUGACACAACACUUGGAGGAUACGAUAUUCCUGAGGGUUCCUCGGUGGCAGUUAAUCUAGUUGCUCUCCACAUGGAUGAGAAGAUCUGGGGUGAUCCGCAGAACUUCAGGCCUGAGCGGUUCAUUGUUGAUGGAAAGGUUCAAGUUAGCCUGGACAAGUCCCUGCCUUUUGGAGCUGGCCGGCAACGUACUUGCGAGCCUUCUGGCUAUGUGAUUGUCCAUGGGUAUUACUUAACAUCAGGACGCAGACUUUGUGCUGGAGAGACCUACGCUCGUCACAGCAUGUUUCUGAUAUUCGCGGCCUUUAUGCAGGCCUUCCAGGUGUCCACAGCUGAUGGCAAGCCUUUAACCCAACCCGCGAAGAGGAUACAGGGUAUUAUAACCACGAUUCCAGAGUUCUGGGUUCGGGUUACGCCAAGAAUAGGUUAA